AUGACAAGUUCUUCGGCAACUGGUGGUGGCGGCAUGCCCACUGCACCUCAAAGGGUGGUGGUGAUCCAGGACGCAUCAAAAGAUUUAAGUUCCAGCGCAAUCAAAUGGGCCAUUGAUGGUCUUUCCCUUAAACUCGGGGAUGAACUCACUCUCCUUGGAGUUCUUCACCAUGUUAACACCCCUAGUACGUUAUUUUUCCUGCGAGCUAGGAAAUUAAGUAAAAACCCACAAGCUUUUCUUUUAAGAUCAAAAGAAAAACAAGACUCUGUGGGCUACAGAAGCAAGAUAGAUUCCAACUCUGUGUUGGCGACAAACACUAGGAUCAUCAGCGAGGAAGUUGCAAGGAAGGAGGAAGAAUACCAGAGAAGUGCAGAGUUAUUGCCCAUCCGUGAGCUAUUUGAAUCCAAGAAGAUUGCAUUCAACAUAAGUGUUGUUGCGGCAUCUUCACCGAAAGUAGCUGCCCUUGAAGCUGUCAGUAAGCUGAAGGCAACGUGGAUAAUUCUUGACAGGCAGAUGAAAAAAGACAAGAAUUUUUUCUUGGAAAGGUUACCUUGUGGCAUCUCCAGAAUGAAACGUAACAAUAGUGUAGAACACCUCAGAGAGCCAAGAUUGCACCGAAGAAAUGACGAGUUCUCAGAGGCAAAUGUGGGGAACCCCAUAAGGUACAAUGAGAUGCUACCAGGACAAGAGAUAAAAUCAGGUACUACUGAAAUGGUGCUAGAAUUUCCUGAUGAUGGAGAUCUUUUCAGUUUGGAGCUGACCGCAAUAAGUUCUAGGCUGUCUGAGAAAAAGCACACUUCCAUCCAUCUUCAAGAAGAUGACUACAUAAGCAUUCAAGUAGCAGCUGAAGAUAAAGGUUCAAUGACUUCAAAAAUGCCGCUAACACAAAAUGAUGAAAACAAGAGUCAGGAGUUUGGAGCAAUGAACCAAAUAUUGGAGGGAGAAAAAGCAUAUCCUGGUUGUAAAGUGUGUGGCAUAGAAAGACCAAAAGCAGCAUCUUUAAGGGAAUUCACUUACACUGAGCUGUGUACUGCAACAAAGGGAUUUUGCCAGGAAAAUUUUCUGUCUGAAGGAGGAUUUGGGUCUGUCUUCAGAGGAGAACUUGAUAGUGGGCAAUGGAUUGCUGUCAAGCAAUAUAAACAUGCAAGUUCACAAGGAGAGCGAGAAUUUCGGUCAGAGGUUCAUCUUCUAGGACAACUAAGACACAAGUAUGUGGUCAUGCUACUUGGUUCAUGCUCAGAAAGAAAUCACAGGUUGCUUGUCUAUGAGUAUGUCUGCAAUGGUUCAUUGGAACAACAUUUGUCAAAAAACAGUUCAUCCCUUUUGACUUGGGGACAAAGGCUGAAGAUAGCUAUUGGAGUUGCAAAAGGUUUGAACUAUCUGCACCAGAACAAUAUAAUCCAUAGAGAUAUGAGGCCCAACAACAUCCUCCUAACACAUGAAUAUGAAGCUAUGUUGGGAGAUUUUGGGCUUUCAAGAAAGCAACGAAAUGAGUCUGUUCUUGUGUCUGAAAACAAGGUAGUAGGUACUAUUGGAUACUUGGCACCAGAAUACACAGAACGUGGCAGACUAUCAACUAAAUCUGAUGUUUAUUCAUUUGGAGUGGUUUUGCUUGAGUUAAUCACAGGUCGGACAACAAUGGACAACAAUUUAGAAAACAAAGGUCUUGUUGGAUGGGCAAGACCACUUCUGCAUGAGAGGAACUACCCUGAACUGAUUGAUGAAAGGAUUCUUGAUUGCCAUGACUUGUACCAACUAUUUUGGAUGAUAACCGUGAUUGAGCAAUGUCUUAUAAGGGACCCUGAUAAAAGGCCAUCGAUGGAAAAGGUGGUACACAUCCUAAAAUGCAUGAUAGAUGGGGAGGCAAUUGAUGUCAGUGAGACUUUCUCCCCUGCUCACUCUUCAGCUAAUAGUUUGCCAAGCGAAAAUGUUUCACAGGAUGAGCAAGAAUUUGAAUGGCAAGAGAAGACAAGCGAUGGCAUACUAUCAACUAAUAUAUCUCAAACCAGUGAACCAUUUUCAACAGUGCCAAGUUCCGAAAGUUCAACAAGAUCAAGAAGUUUCUGGAACAUAAUGGUAAAUCCUCAAGGCACAAAAAUAUAUUACGAUGAGAUGCUCACUUAGAAACAGUGUAUAAAGUUAGUGCUCAUACAUCCGCAAGUUCCAAUGGGUAGUAAAAUGAUGUAGCCAGUGCACCAUAAAUGGCAUUCUCUUUCAUGGCUCAUAAACAGGAUAGACAUGAAUCGAACCCCCCGUAGACAUAUCACAAGCAUGCAUAGAAUGGACAGUUAAAUGUAGUCAGUGCACCGUAGAUGGCAUUCUCUUUCACGGCUCAUGAACAGGAGGCAUAUGCACCGAACCCCACAUAGACAUAUCACAAGUAUGUAUAGACUGAACUGAUCUGAGCAAGAAAUCCAUGAAAGCUAUUGCGAAGUGGACAUACAAGCAAAUAAAUGGCAUAAUAACCUCUAACGGGUGAUCAGAAGCUCAGAAAACUGCUACCGUCAAAGAUUUGAAGAAGAUAAAUGGGGCUCACACCAGAAAAUGAGGUUUGUUGCUUACUCAAAAGAAUUGAAAAUCAAUUAAAUUCAUUCAAAAUCCAUGGUUAAUGUAUAGACUACUCAACUGAUCUAAGCAAGAAAUAGAUGAAAGCCCAGACAACCGCUACCGUCAAAGAUAUGAAGUA